AUGGGGCCCAAGUGUGCCUGUCUGCAGGAGAAGUUUCUGAAGCAGAAGGUGGAGUCACCUCCCCGGGGGCCUGGAUGCGCCUGUGAUCUUGACAGAAAUUGGCUUCAUUGCCUCAGACUCUUCCUUCUGCCCUGCCUCUGUAGGUGCUUCGCACUGACGCCCCUCCGCCCGGUGUUUUUGCUUGCGUUCAGCUCGAUGAUCAUCGUGUGCACAGAGCAGUGGAGGAGCAAGAUCUGGCCUGAAAGGAAAGUGCCAAGACCCGGCGCCUUAGACAAUGAAAGCUGGGGCUUUGUGCACCCUCAGCUGCUCAGCGUGCCCGAACUCUGCCGCCACCUAGCUGGAGUCUGGGUUAGUGGGACCGUUUUCAUGAGGAACCUUUUGCUUUUCAAAAAGCAAAACCCAGGAAAGUUCUGUUUGCUGAGCUGUGGGGUGCUGACCUUUCUAGCUGUCCUGGGCCACUACAUCCCUGGGCUCCUGCUGUCCUACCUAAUGCUUGUCGCUGUCAUGGUGUGGCCCCUGGCUGUGUACCACCGCCUGUGGGACCGAGCCUCCGUGCGGCUAAAGCCAGCUCUGCAGCGGCUGGACUUCAGUGUGCGUGGCUACGUGCUGGCCAGGCAGCGAGAGAGGCAGUUGCGCCGCCGAGCCCUGCACCCAGAACGUGCCCUGGACACCCACAGUGACAGCGAGGAGGAGGAGCUCGCCGCCUUCUGCCCUCAGCUCGAUGACUCUGCUGUUGCCAGGGAGCUGGCUAUCACGGACUCUGAGCACUCCGACACAGAGGUCUCUUGUACCGACAAUGGCACCUUCAAUCUCUCCAGGGGCCAGACGCCUCUCACAGAGGGCUCUGAAGACCUGGACGGCCACAGUGACCCAGAGGAGUCCUUCGCCCGGGACCUUCCAGACUUCCCUUCCAUCAAUGUGGACCCUGCGGGCCUGGACGACGAGGAUGACACCAGCAUCGGGCUGCCCAACUUGAUGUACCGCUCCCCCGCGGGAGCCGAGGAGCUCCAGCCCCCACCUGCCCGCCAGGAUGAGGCUGCGCUGCCAGCACUCCUGCUUGGGGCCCUGCCUGCAGGGUCCAACCUCACCAGCAACCUUGCCACCCUGGUCUCCCAGGGCAUGAUCCAGCUGGCCCUGUCUGGGGCCUCACAGCCAGGCCCCUCCAACCCUGCUCCCCGAAGAGCCACAAGAGGCUUCGCCCGGGCUCCCAGUUUAGACCUGGAUACAGAUGCUGAGGGGGAUGACUUUGAACUUCUUGACCAGUCGGAGCUGAAUCAGCUGGACCCUGCCAGUUCCAGGAGCCACUGAGGCAGGAACUCCCUUUAGGGGAGGGGGCACUGUGGUUUACUUUUCCCCCCCAUCCCACUCCAUCCCAUUGUAGGUGAAGGGGCAAGGGAAGCACUCAGAUGCCACCCCUGGAAUUUCCUGUGUGUGCUGGGUGGCUGAUGCUCUGAGGUCUGCUUAGAGAGGACCCCUGGCCCUGCCACCCGCUGGGCUCCUGCAAGCUCUGCCACUGAGGGGAGACACAGUGCUCCCUAAGGGAGGCCUCUCUGCCAGGGCAUGCUUCUGGGAAACAGAGUAGCCAGGGGCAUUGGUCCCUUUGAAGGGAGAUGCUGUUUCCCUCCCAACAUGGGUGCUCAGGCCCUCACUGAGCCAAGAGCCAUCUCUUCCUCUGUGCGUCACCUCCCUAGAGUCUCCCAAGUCACGCGGCGGCCAGGAGGACACCCAUCUGUCAGUAAACCAUGCUUUGGUUGGGACUUUCUCCAAGCAAGUUUGUCCUCGGGUUAUGCACAGGAGGCCUGCCCUCCCAUCCCCACCCCCAUUUCUGGAGACCUGACCUGCUAUCCUCCAAAAUGAUGCUUGUGAAACUUCUGAAAUGUGAACCUGAUGUGGGGACACGCCUCGUCUACAGCCCCUGAGCUGGAGAGUCAGCAGGCCUCAAGGGUCAGGGGGGGCUUCUCCAGUCCUUGGAGCUGCCUGCAUGUCUUUGGUGCUGUGAAUUCCUGGCUCCAUUUGACCAUCCGCCCGAGCAACACGCCAAGCAAUAGCAGAUCCAUUUCUAUGCCCCUCUCCCUCCCUGCUCCUCCUCUGGAGAAGUAAUAAACUCCAUGGGGGUUGACAAAGUAGCACUUUACAAACAAUGGCCCCAUGGCAUUCAUCCCAGGGGUUGCCAGCUCUCUCGUACCAGCUCUUCGUCCUGGUCAGCUCCUCCACCGGUUUUCCUGUCAGUGGCUGUCUGGGCAGCGCUGCCUGGAUGGAGGAGGCCAGUUUGCAAAAAGGUCCCUAAUCAGCAGAGAUCCCAGUGAGGGGCACCUGUGAAAUCAUGUGAGACCGACCCUGAAAUGGCCAUUGAUGCUGGGUCCGUGCCCGCCCACCGCGCCUCUGCCUCCCCAUUCAGAGCUGAAACCAAACUCUUUCUCCCCUCUCCCCUCUGCAAAUCAGUCCUUUGCCAUUCCUCAGGGACCACUCCCCAGCGUCCCCAGACCUGGGUGAGGGAUGUUGAGCCCAUUUUCAUGUGCUGCAAGUGGGGGUGUGCUAACAUGUUUGCUCUUGUUGGAAAGGGACAGAAACGGGGUGGGGGUGGGCGUGGGCGUGGGGGCUGGCUGACGGGGAGAAGGGAGAAGAGCUAGAUGCCUGAUUCGUAGUUGCUUACACUUGUGUUAGGGAGGGGUAAGGGCAGCCCUUGCUUUAAGGUCCUCAGGCUUGGGGCACCUCUCAGAGCCCAGGUGUCUUACAGGUGAGCUCUGACGUGGAACACAAAAAGAGGCAUGGGAAAGGAGUGGGACUUGGUAAGUGUGUGUAGUCAGACUUGGGAGCUGUCGAAGAAAGGAGGGAGGUAAAGAAGGACUGUAACAUCUUUGGAAGGUGCGUCUUGUACGCAGGGGUCCUCCUCGGAAUCUCCUUAGCCCUCCACUGUGAACUGGGGGUGGGGUGCUGGGGAAUAAAUCUUGUAUGAGAACUACCUGUAAA